ACACGCUCACAUUAAGUGAUCAGUAUCAACCCAACCGGCAACAGAUGCCAAUGCUGUUGACCAGCGUUUUGGCCUGGCUUGGCAAAGUUCGCUUAAGGCGAUGAUUCCGAAUGCAUUCGGUGCAGUACCACGUUUUUUCAGGUUUCACAUUCUUCAGUUUGAACAUUAUUAGCACAUUGCUAUACGGUGGCGUGCAGUUACUGCGUUUUGCUCAUCCACAAAGCGCGAUUCAGUUUUUAAUUGCUUUGCAGGCGUGUACUGAAAAUUGGUAUAAAUAAAUAAUUAUUAUUUCUUUAAUAUCCGGAUAAAUCUUCCAUUAGUAAAAGCUGCAUAUCUUCUAUUGUAUCGUCAUCGUUUUAUUAUUGCGUGUUUUUUUACUGCGCUAACAGCCGUCGACGGAAAUUCGUAAUACUGCGAUCACCACUUGGGAAACUGCAGAAACCUGACAAGCGCCAGACGAAGGACAGGCAAUCACUAAACACUUACAGUCCCACGACACGCUGUUGUGUGGUAGAGGCGGCUACGAUGGCCACUUCCGGCUGCGGAGAUGAUGCCAUGGGCGCCGCAGAUCACUUCCGGCCCCUUAAUUAAAGCAGUCCUGGCGGGCGAUGUGGCGCAUUUCGCCACGUCUAGCCACAGCUGACACCACAGGGCGAGUAGAUUGGCUAGGCUGACCACUUCCGGCCAUCUGACUUCCUCCUAAAAUGUGGUUAUUAUGUGGAGGCCUGGUUCGUGACAGCGGGAAGCCAGAGAGGCACAGACCGUCUUUGCGGUGCCGGUUCAUUUUGAUGCCGUAGUGACUGUUGUUCUACUAAAUGGUCUUUCACGAUGACAUGUGCCAUUGUCAGUACUUAUGGUGCACCAAGAGGCCAGUGAGCAACACAGAGCCUAUGGUUGCUUUCUCACAAAUAAAAACGGCUGUGUAACGGUACCGCAGAUGUUACCGGUUUCUACAUCUGGUUAAAAUUCAGUACACAAUCCGAUGAAGGAUCCCCAGCGAGAAAUUAAGGAAGCACUGGGAACGUAUGAGCUGUCAUAUGAAAAGUUUCUAGAGCGCGUAAAGGAAACCGUGACGGAUGAACAAUGGACAGCAAUCAUGUUCGGGGUAGAAGCCGAGUGCAGCGUGGAGGAGAUCCUACAGCAUUUACACGCAAAGUACACACCCCUUUCGGACGGCACUUGGAAGAAAUUUAACGAGAUCAGUCCCCGAUGGGACGUAAUGUUUCGCUGGACCUGUACGCCUCUGGACGAGUUAAACUCCAUUUUUGUACUAAUGGAGCCGCUAAUGCCAUGCAAGACUUACGUCAGCCUUGGACUAGCCUCGGGCGUGACAGCCAAGGUGCAGGGCUCGAAGGGAGCGCUCGCUGAAGUGCCGACAGUGAGAAAACUGUGCCAAAUUUUCCAUUCGAUAACACAUCACAACGCCUCCUGGGACAGAAGGAGUGAUCCUGUUAUCUGCGAUGCCGAAUGCAUCAAGGAAAUGAACCUGCAGUUUGGUGACAAAUUCGAUCCAAUCGAGUUAGCCGAGGGCGGCACUUUGCUGUUAAAUAUUGCAUCAACACGAUGUGACAAGAAGACUAACAGCGAAAGAGAUUUGUGGGAAGCCUUUGGCAAAUCGCUGCUGAAAUACCUAGACGAGAGGUAUCCGAAUUUAAUCCUUGUGCAAUUGCAUGGAAGGAAAAAAUUCAACGCGUCGGAAUUUUAUACAACCGGGAGUGUUAUCAAGCUCCCGGGCGGUAAUAAACAUUUGUCCCGCUUCACCAAAAACGAUAUCCAGAUUAUGGUCCGGUUACUUUUGGAGCUGUGGGAUGAACUGGCAGCCGCAGUCCUGCAGCAAGAAGUGGAUCGACAAGACGAAGAAGAAGCGGAACAGCAACGCUUGCAAAAGAAGCAGGACGACUGGAACUACGAAAACAAGUACGGCUCGGAUGAUGAUAGUGCAUUUGAGCGCGGUUAUGAUCGCUCUGAUACAGACAGUUCUGAUGGGUCUGACCAAGAGUCUGACCAAGAGUCUGACGCAUCUAGCGCCUCUUGCUCGGACGCUACAGACGUCUCAGAUGACGAUGACGACGACAGCGGAAACUUGGCCAUGGAAAAAUCCGAAUUUGUAGGUCAACUUAUUGAAAAUCAGCUAGAGAAAAUCCGGGAGUCAUCACCAGAGGGAGCGACUUUCGUUAAUUACCACAAGAUGAAAGAAGCUAUGACCUUUUUAACGACGGCGACGACGACGACGAUCCAUGAAAAAAGAAUACAUGUAUGUACAUCGAGUGCAGAUAUGCUCACACCCGGUUGAGUUGGGUGGUUCACUUCCGAUUCCACCGUACUAUAUUGCCGUGUCGAAACUGCCUUCCACCUGCCAAAUACAAAUGAUGCACUGAACUGGGCAUAUUUAUCAACAUCAUCAUUAAUUUAUGGCACUGUGUUAUAGAUGCGGCAUUAAGUCAUACUUUGCUUUCAGUUAGCUGAACGGAGGAGAAGUUGAUAAAUUUUGUGAAAUAAUGCUCGUGCAUAACAUUGUUCAAUGCGUGGUGAUCACCAUGAAAAGUACUAUGUUAUAAAAUACUAUGGUUUACUGUAAUUAUAAUA